AUGGUUUGCUUCCGAGGAUCACUCGCCCCUUCACCCACAGUGCGCAGGGUCCGCGCCAUCUGCACCACCCUCUCGCUCUACCUCGAAGCCUUUCUCUGCCACCUACACACACUCUUCUACUUUUUCCUCUUCCACACCUACGUGCCAGCCUCGCGCGCCUGGUGGGACUCGUCCAAGGGCUCAGCCGUCGUCAUCUACGCCCCACACAAUGACGCUGUAGCCAGGUACGUUGCGCUUCGACUUUCAUCCGGCUCGCCCUCCAGCUUUGCGCUCAAAGAUGUCGGCCCCACCAAGCGCAACCCUCGCGCACCGUAUACGUGCUUUGUGCUUCAUGCGGAUCCGGAUCAGUUCUCCAUCACGGUAGCCCAGUGGGCUGCGAAGAAGGCGAGAAUGGAAAAGGCGCUGCUCAAGCAGAGGAAUGCAGGCAGGUCUUCGGCUUCUUCCAAUUCCAGCGCGCCUUCGUCGCCCACAUCGUCGGCGCAUGUGAUCGAUGCUGAAUCAACCCGGGACGGCAGCGAGCACGGAUCUUCGUAUCCCUCUUCGCCCGCUGCGAAUCACUCGAACAUGCAUGCACGACGCCACGACGGAGGCGAUGAAACACCGAGGCCUAGCAAGCAGCGAUCCAGACCGCCGCCCAUCCGCAUCGGCGGCCGAUUCAGACGCAGAUCGCGCAGCUGGUCCAGCUGGGCCACGCCUGACCUGUUCGGCUACGGCGUCGACAUGCUCAAAGGCUGGAUGCCCGGAAGGAGCGGUCCCAAGACUACACCCUCGGGGACCAUCAUUCCGAUCAUGGCUGAUGUCCAGACGGCUGACGGGCUGGCCAUGGUCAAUUCGACCAUCUCGGCGUAUUGCUCUUCGCACGACCUCCUGCUCAGCGGCAUCGUCCUCAUUCCUUCUGUCUUGUGUCCACGCAAUGUGCCACUGACCAGGAGUGCGGCUGCAAUGGCUGCGGGCAGUGAUGUGCCCAAGACGCCUGGCAGCGCGUACAGCGAUGUGGACCCGUUCACGCUGCACAACCGCGAAGUGUGGGGGGAGCUGCGCGGGUUGUCGUCCUCCGUCGGUCGAUCUGCGCCCGGAUCGGCAAGUGGCGCGCACGCCAGCGGACCGCGCGAUCCAUUCGGCCUCGCCCCGCCGUUCCGGGAGACAUCGGCGGGGCUGGAAGCAUCGAUGGAGUCGUCAUCGUCGUCGCAGUUUAAUGCACAUGCUUCGCCGCCGCUCUCGCCCUCGAGUGUACGCAUCGUUCGCACGCAGGACGACGAGCAGGCCGCGCUGCACAGUGCACUCGCGACCGACGUCGUGCAGUCCAAGGCUCUGAUCAACGUGCUGUUUCCGGCGCUCAAACGCGACAAGGGUCGAGUCUUGGGUCUUGUUCCGUGUGGGCACGGCCCGGAUCUGCCGCAGGAUCCGGAUACACUCUCGCUCCAGUCGAUGCCUGUGCGGGGCACUUCAAGCGGCAAGUCGCGUGAUCGCUCGCUCUCGUCCGCCUCGUCUUCCGCCCCCGCCGCCCCGGAAACUUCGCGUCAAGCAGGCGAUACACCGGCUCUCCGCACCUGGCCUAGCCCCGUUGUCAACACGGUCCGCGAAGCGCUGCGUACGCAGUAUCGUGAGCUGCAGCUAGAAUACCGGCGACGCGGCGGCAGCGCGCGUCAGGUGCACGUGUCGAUGAUCGAGACGAAUGCGCUCAUCAAGCUUCCGCAGACGCGCUUGAAGAAGGUGGUCAAGUGGAACGAGUCGGUGCGCUACUUUGCGCACCACGGGCAUAAGCGACGCUGGUGGCGAGUGCAGGAUUGGGUCAGUCUGGCCUGGGUGUUGGACCGGCUGCCGUUCGUGGGGCGGGUUGGGAGGCUCAGCGACUGCGGAGAUGAGGAUAGGAAGAGGGAUGCGGGCAGGUUCGAGGUCUACAUCCCGCAAGAAUUGAGGCCAUUCUUGAGGGGCUGGGCGCGGCCGUUUGCUGAUGUCGCCGGUAGUGCAGGUGGAAGUGGUGCAAGUGUGGGGGAGGAUCGAAUGGAAGAGUCGCCAUCGCCGCUGGUGGUGCGCGGGCUCAGGCGGCUCGUACGGGUGUUCAGGUGGAUGGAGCUAUGUUCGGUCCCCUGGGACGACUUGGCCGAGCAUGUCGCUGCGGUGAGCUACCCGAUCGCUCUCGGUUCCUCGUGCCCGCCCACGCCAGGGCCAUCGCAGUCGCUCCUCCACCCCUACACUGUCUCGUCGAAUCACGCCUCCGCCUCGAGCCGCACAUCGUCGAGCGCCUCGCGCGCCUACCCGAAACCCCCGCUGCUCUUCGCCCCCACCUCCGCGGAACCCCACGACGACGACGACGACCACGACACCCCGGACUUCCCCUUCUCCACCGCCAGCUCCGGUCCGGCAUACACCCUGCUCAACGUCAACCCCUCCUCCUCUUGCUCCUCCUCCUCCGCCGUCCCAAACUCGGCGCACCACGACGCGGUACGUGUGCCGAGAACCUACCCGCGCGAAUUGACGCACCAGGACCCAACCCCGCUCUUCGAAGCCCUCCGCUGCGCACUCACCAGCUACCACCCCCGACCGGUCUACUACCCCGCCCUGUCCGCAUGGGCCUCGAGCUUCGUCCACUCGAUCGCGCCCUGGAUCCAGUCGGAUCUCAAGACGCUGCUGAGCCGCUUCCUGCUCGAUUACGCCGUGCAAGACGCGCGCCGUGCUCAGCAUGUCGUGUAG